UUCUCACUCAACACGUGUUAUUGUGUUGACAAGUGAGUGACACACAACUUGGCACAGAAAUGUCUUGGAAGCCUUGGACUUUAGCUGCUGCCCGUUUGAAAAUGGUAAAAAGUAAAGAUUUCAAAUUUCCUGAACCUAUUUCUCGAUGGAACAUUGUGAAAGGAGACCUGGUACAGGUACUGUGUGGUAAAGACAAAGGAAGAAAUGGAAAAGUUGUUGCAGUUGCUCGGAGGACAAAUCGUGUAUUUGUUGGAGGUCUUAAUACUCAUAUAAGAGUAAUGGUAGGUGAAACAGCAAGAACAAGGAUAGCUAGUGAAGCACCUUUACACGUUUCCAAUGUAGCUCUAGUUGAUCCUGAAGAUGGUAAACCUUGUAGAAUUAGAUAUCAAUACACUGAAGAUGGAGAGAAAGUCAGAGUGUCAAAAAGAAGUGGACGGAUCAUACCAAAACCUGUUGAAGUUUUGGAAAGGAGAGACUUUAAAUCGAGAGGCGGAUAUGUUGAAGGAAGCAAGGACACAACUAGUGAGAAUGUGACAGCACAAACAUACAUCCCGUCACUGAAGACUUUUGAAGAAGAAAUUAACUCUAAAUCAUGAAUAAUUUUAUUAAAUUAAA